AUGGCUGUAAGCGGGGGUAUGUGCCGGUGGCCCUUUCGUUAUAUAGAGUCUCUACGUGACAAUGACAAAGUCUACAACCGCUUCACACUCUUUCUUUGGGUGUGUGUCGCGGAUGGUUUUAGGAUUCACACGUGGGACGACAAGGUCCCACCACCGCCCUCGCCCGCCCCAGCCUUGCCAGGUAAGCGUUCGAACAGCAUUUGCCCUCCCGUCUUGACUAUUCCUGUCGACCUGGGCAAAGCCUUUCCCAAGCGGAGCAAUUCGGUGGCCGCCUCGGCUAUGGGCACUUUUGAUCAUGGCAGUGGAGCUUUGGUUGCUGCCCUCUUUGACCUCGAUACCAGCGAAGGCGUGGGCGGCAAGGAAUCGCUGGAGCGAACGGCCACUGUCCAGGUGUCACCUCCACGCAGGCUGACGCACACGGACACGCUGGGAAACUUCAGCGAUGUCAGCAACAGUCUGCGCGCCAAGCUUGUCGACGAUGUGCACGAGGACGCCGUGUCCCCCGUGGAGUUGGACCAUGGUCAGACCGGCCACGUCUAUGCUUUGGAGGCAGGCGGCCAAAAGAUUGCAGUCUUCAAGCCCGUCGACGGGGAGAAGUUCCAUCGGAAGAGUCUCGAUGCUGGGAAAGGUGCCGUCCGCGAGGAGGCGGUGUACCUCGUGGAUCGCCUCACCGGAUCGCAGGCCGCUGUCCCGGUGACAUCGCGAGCCUCAAUCCAGGUCGAUGGCCAUACCCUGGAAGGCUCCGUCCAAGCCUUCGUGAUGGACGUCCAGGGCUUUAUCGAGGACUAUGGCAUCCCGAGGAAGCUCGAGGAGGCUGUUGCCUUUAUCCCUCAAGCAGACGCUGAGUCUAUCGCCCUCCUCGAUAUGCGGGUCUUCAAUAUGGACCGGCAUCCGGGCAACUUGCUCCUGCUGAAGAAGGCCAAACCUCAUGGCCUGGGACCUAUCGAUCAUGGCUGCUGUUUGCCGCCCUGGUGGUGCCUCGGUGAGGCCAUCUUCGAGGCCUGGAUAUCAUGGCCCCAGCUGCAGACGCCGCCCUCGUCGGACGCUUUCAGCUUGGCGCGGGCAGCGCAUGCGAAGCUGGCUCUGACCUGCAGGAUGGUUGCGGAAGCCGGGCUCGACCCCAGCGCUGUGGUCACAUUGAGGCUGUGCACGAUCUUCGUAUACAUCGGCAUUGUGGAAAUGGCCAUUCCCAUCGGAAAGCUCGCAGCCCUCAUGCUGCGAGAUGACUGCGCAGAUCCUCAGGAGCUGUCCUGGCUGGAGGAGCGGGUCCUUGCUGCCGCGAAGGAGCAUGGAGGUAAGCUCAGCGUCCAGGCCAACGAUCGGGGUGAUCCGGAUGUCCGAAUCGAGGACUUCGGCGACUCACUGCAGGUCGAGCCCUUCAUACAAGAUCUGGAGCAGCGCUUUCGGCAGGACCUGAAGGCCUUCCGACAAGACACCCCGGAAAGCCACGGAGAAGAUGCGCCGAUUCAGUCUUGGUGA